AUGAUGUGCACAGACAUGUUGUCUAACAGGGCAAGGUAUAACUACACGUGGAUGGCGCAUCUGCGCAGCCUGAACCUGACGCAGGAAGAUCUGCAGUACCUGAUCAACAUCACGUCGUUCGAUGAUCCGGACGACGACGGUGGUGACGGGCACCAUCACCACACGAUGGACAACGGUUGCUACAACUGCGGCGGCGCCGUGAAGAGCUACUCACUGCUGUUCCGGGCGGCGCACGGCUACGUCAGCCUGUUCCUGUGCGUGUUCGGCGCGCUGGCCAACGCGCUCAACAUCGCGGUGCUGACACGCAAGGACCUGGCCGGUUCGCCCAUCAACCGGAUACUGUGCGGCCUGGCCCUGGCCGACCUGGCCCUCAUGGUCGAGUACACGCCGUUCGCGUGCUACAUGUACCUGACCACUGCCAAGAAGGAGGAGUUCUCGCACGUGGGCGCCGUGUACGUUCUGCUCCACACUUACGUGUCACAGGUGUUGCACACCACGUCCAUCGCACUCACGCUCGUCCUGGCCAUGUGGAGAUACGUCGUCGUUAAGUGA